UCAUAAUAAGCCAACCUGCCCUCAACUGGAAGGUUAUAAGAGAUUGGGGAGCCCAGUGACCCAUAAUGCACAUGGGGGAAUUUGCCUCCAUGCUACUGGGACCGGAAAGUUAAAACUGAUGCCUGAGUUUCUGUGUAAGAAAAAAGAGGGAAGAUUCACUGCUCAGCGAGCCCUUUGAGACAAAUACAGUCCUUUGUUCAGCAAGAAAUUACAGAGGAGGCCACUGGCUGAUUGCUGGACUGCUGGUGGAGUCACAGCCAUUCCUGUUUCACGGAACUUGUUUAUUAUGAUCGUCAUCAUUCUGCAAGUGAUCUGCAGCCUUGUGGUCUGGCUGUCACUCUAUGGUGGCUUCUUGUACCGGAACAAGCAUCGUAGCCCUGAAUGGAGCUGUCGGCUGGUCACCCUUUUGCACGGGCUAAUUGUCACCUUCUUCUCUGGCUACAUCGCUCUAAUUGACGGGCCCUGGCCUUUGACUCAUGCAGGCUACCCCAACACGGCUCUCCAGGUGUGCCUGAUGUGCUUGUCGCUGGGAUACUUCCUCUUCGACUUGAGCUGGUGCAUUUAUUUCAAGAGCGAGGGCCACCUGAUGCUCUCCCACCACAUGCUCAGUGUCAGCGGCCUGGCUUUCGUGCUGAUGAUUGGCAAGUCUGCCACCGAGAUCAACGCCAUCGUCUUUGUGAGCGAGAUCACCAACCCUCUCCUGCAGCUACGCUGGUUCCUACGGGAGAUGGGACGCUAUCACAACCUCCUCGGGGAUGUGGUGGAUUACCUUUUCGUAUCUCUCUUCCUGGGGCUGCGCAUCGCCGGGGGAGCAUGGAUUGUACAGUCGGUGGUGACUUCGCUCAACACCAUCUGGAUGCUAAAGGGUGGCGUCCUGGCAAUGUAUAUGGUGUCCUGGGCAUUUAUGCUGGAUAUCAUCAGUUUUGCCAGGAGGAAAGCAACGAAGAAAUAUUUUGCUUGGAAGAAUGAAAAAAUGAAAGGAAAGCAUCCCAAGGAAAACGGACACCUGCCAAAAUGCUGACUUUGACUUCCCAGUGGGCUGUUGCUCACUGAUGGUUGCUGUUGUGCCUAAUCGAGCAAUAAGAAAACGGAACCUGGAUAGCUCAGUUGGUUAGAGUGCGGUGCCAAUGACGCCAAGGUUGCAGGUUCAAUCCUCAUAUGGGACAGCUGCAUAUUCCUGCCUUGCAGGGGGUUGGACUAGAUGACCCUCGGGGUCUCACCCAAUUCUAUGCUCUUAUGAAGUAGGAAGCAUCUUUUAUGGACAGGGAAUUGUCCAGGUGCUUCACAUAACAAAAACUGGAUUGGGAGGAACCAAGGAACCGCUGACCUCCAGAGCUCGUUCCAAAGAUGAGGGAUCUUUGGGGCCAGACAUGAAUCAUGGUUUGAAAGAUGGGUGGAUAUUCUCCUCGAAGGAAACUUGGCAGAAAAUGACAGUGCUGGGGGAAGGACUAAACCACAAAGCCUGCAGGCCAGUGGAGGCUGGCUUGUAGGGGAAACGGGGCAUUGCUCAACCAACCUCAAUCUGACCUCAGCCGGCCCCCACUUGUCCUGCCUUUUUUCUUACAACCAAUGCAGGAGCUGGCACUGGCUGUGGGUUCUUCAUCCCUAGUCUCAUUGGUGCCUUUGCAGAACUUAUCAGAGAAGAGGAUGGAGACAAAACCUGAAUUACCUCUGCCUCUUACUAGCUUCAACUCUGCCCAUCACUGACCUCCACGCCAAGGAUGGUUGCAGCUUCUCUGAAGCAAGGAUCUGGCUUCUUCCAGCUGCUCCACACUGCCAAAGCCCAUCCAGCUGGAUUUCACAGUCUACAACUUCCUUUCACAAAAGCCGGAGAGAUUGAGAUACUGGAGGCUUCUCCCUGGCUCCACCAACAAGAUCUCCAUACAUGCUCCAAGCCUGUGGAUCCUGACUGCCAUGCAGGCCACUGACAGUCUCUGGGCUCGGCUGCCUAGGAUAUCUCAAGAGGAAAUGGCGGACAUCAAAUCUGGUAUCAUCAUGCAGUGGCGUAACAUGGGUUGCCAGCACCCGGGGCCGUGCCC